UUCCUUUGGCGAUUACAAGAGAUGCAGCAAACUUGACAGCUGAGCAUGUCCUUGGCCGAAUGAGCGAAGCAGGGAGCGAUAUGAGCUUUCAAAGCGUGGCAGAUGUCAAGCUGAAGCCAAAGAUGAUAGAGUCGCUGCGUCGGGCAAACCCCAUCGCCCGCACCGGCGGCCCCGCCUUGAAGGGCCUGGUGAGCACAGCUGUGGUAACGCGGCUGGAGCAGGAGAACUUCCAGAUGGCGGUGCGUGAGUUCCUAGACAAGCCGGUGCCCCCGCCGCGCGUGGAGCAAGGUGUCGCUCUGAGCCACCUGGUGCGGCGCACCCACAACCGGCUGCGCAGCAAGGAGAUGCGCGACCGCGAGGCAGUGGAUGCCCGCAUGGCGCAGCGCGAGCCCUGGGCCGCCACCCUUGCCAAACACAUCAGCCGCACCCACUUCCGCACACGCGGUCGCUACGAUACCGGGACCAAGUACCCGCACCUCGCAGCAGCGGCAUCAGCCGCAGCGGCAGCAGGAGGCCGCAACAAGACAGCAAUAGAAGGGGAGACAGCAGUUGGUGUUGACGGCGCGGGGUCUGGCGACCAGGGGCAGGAGCAGGCGCGCGAGCCGCUGCUGGUGAUGCUGCAGACGCGCAAGCUGCUGUCCAUGGCAGACACGGUGCUGGCCCACAGCGGCGCCAUGCGGGUGGGGCAACAGCAGGUCUUCCUGGCGACUUCGCAACAGCCGCCGCUCCAGCAGCAGGGACAGCAGCAGUUGCAGGCCUGGCCCCAUGCGCCGUGUGCGCAGCAGCGCCUUCGCCAAGCCGACAGGCGACCUGACCCAACAGGCGCGGCACCAGGCAGCAGUGGACAGGAGCAGGCGGAGCUGCAGCAGCAGCUUGUGGAGUCAGCCAGGGUGUGGGCGGGCGCCGCUGCUGCUGCCAUCGCGGCCGGCAGGGUGGGCGCUGCCACUGCUCCAGCCCCGCCACGUGCUGUGGACCUGGGGCCAGGGGCCGUCGCGGUUGGCCCGGGCCACGCCAGCAGCGGUGCUGCUGACACAGCCGCUGGCCUGCGGGCACCAGACCUGGAGGCGACGUUGUUCGCUCUGGCACGCUACGGCCCUACCACCCGGCUGCCGGCGCCGCACGAGGAGGAGACACCGAGCCCAGCAGCAUUGCAGCAGGGCACCCGGGCUGCAUCAAGCGGCUCUUCAGGCGGUGACAGUGAAGCAAGCUCCGGCGCUGGUGAUGGCAGCAGUGCUGGCAGCUCAAGCAUUCGCGGUGCUGCUGGCGGGAUGCGUCGCAGACAGCUCCGGCCUCCAUUUGACAGCAGCGGGGAUGCCGCGACGAGCAAUAAGAGCAGCGGUAGCGAGGGCGGCGAGGAAGAUGAGGAUGGGUGGGUCGAGAUGGUGAGUGCACCAAGGCUGGAUGGCUGGGGCAUGCAGGUAGAUGGCGGCGCCACACACGCAGGGAGCCGGCCUGCAGUGACAGCAGCCGCCAGGGCCCAUCGGCCCCCACAACCACCCGGCGCCGCCGUGGCGGCGUCUGCAUUCGCCGUAAGCGCAGCCGCGGACUCUGCCGCGGCCGUCGCCUCCACCGCAUCUUUACUGAGUCCCUGGUCGCACGCGCUUUCCAUGACGGGCGCGGUGGCGCCGGCGUGCCCCAGCACCAACGCACUCGCUACGGCAGUGGAUGUCGGCAACGUUGCGGAGGCAGUGGACGCAGCGGCCCGGCUGCCGGGCUACGUGCAGCGGCUGCCGAUGUCAGUGCAGCAACACGUGCUGGCGGACUCCCUGACGCAGCUGCUGGCCUGCUCGCGCGGCCUCGUGGACAGGGCGGAGAGGCUGCUCGGGGGCGGUGGUGGCGGCGGCGGUGGUGGUGGCAGCGGUGAUGGCAGUGCUGGCGCCAGUGGCUCUGCGGACGGCUGUGAUGGGGGCGGAGGUGCGCCUGCAAAGGCUGGUGGGAGGGCACCUGACAGUGACGGCAGCGAGGGGAUUGAGCAGGAGCCACAGGCGGAGAGCGAGUCGGCAAGCGCUUUGGUACUUAGAGGACCAUGCGGCGCUGUUGAGGAGGUGCUUGCUGAAAGGGCAGACGCGGACCAGACAGUAGCUGGUGAAGCGUCCCUGCCGGAGUCAAGUGCAGAGGUGCCGGUAGCGCUGGCGGCAGGCAUGAAAACGAACCUGACGUUCUAAGUGUUCGAGACUGUCUCGAUACGUCGCAGCGCGA